AACCAUAAGAAGAAGUUGAUAAAAAUGUAUCAACGGCUAUUCUAAUUUCUGUCUUUGUACAUUUCUCUAGAAUCUUUCUCUGUUUUUCUCUGUGACGGCGUAGAGGGAUUUGUCAGAACGACUGUAGUUAUAGAGAAAGUAACUUGUCUGUGGGAACAGAAUGGAGCACACCUUGUUCUGUUUGCUACUAUUGCUGAGUACACACAUCUACUCUGGACACUCUGACGAUGACGAUGGACAGGCAAAGGCUGUUCUGACCAAACACCCCAAAUCCUCCCAGAUAUUCAGUGGAGAAUCUGUCACUUUCAGAUGCAACAUACAGAGGGGAGAAGUCACUGACUGGAAAUACACAUGGCGCAAGGAUGGUGUAGACUUCCUCAGUAGGAAGCAUGAAUAUGAGAUCAGUGAGGUUAAGAUUUCAAACAAUGGUGACUACAGGUGUCUGGGUACACAUAUUGAUCAGAAGAAGCAUUCUAAGUGGAGUGAUGCUGUCAGACUGACAGUGACAGCUCUUCCUGAAACUACACUGACCGUACAUCCAAACCCUGCAUACACUGGAGAGACAGUAACUCUGACGUGUUCAGUCGGCAGUGGCUGGAACUAUACAUGGUACAAAGACAACACUAAGAAAGUAUUGACCUUCUCUGGCAGACACACUACAACAGGAACCACGUUCACCAUCAGGAGAGCUUCUGAUUCUGACCAGGGUUUCUACUGGUGUCAGGGAGAGAUCCAGUCCAGAUCCAUAUCAUCCAUCAUCAGUGAUCCUGUCACAAUCACUGUGAAAGCCCUGCCCAAAGCUACACUCAACAUAACACCAAAACCUGCAUACACUGGAGAGACAGUAACUAUGACGUGUUCAGUGGGGUCUGACAGUGGCUGGAGCUAUACAUGGUACAAAGGCAACACUAAGAAAGUAGUGACCGUGUCUGGCAGACACUUGACAACAGGAACCACCUUCACCAUCACUAGUGCUGCUGAGUCUGACCAGGGUCUCUACUGGUGUCAGGGAGAGACCCAGUCCAGAUCCAUAUCAUCAAUCAUCAGUGAUCCUGUCACAAUCACUGUGAAAGAGAGACCUGCGGCUGUUCUGACCCUCCAACUCAACUGGCCCCAGAUUUUCAGUGGAGAGACUGUUACUCUCAGAUGUGACAUACAGGGGGGAGAAGAGAUUGAGUAUGCUUUUUAUAACAGUGGGAAGUUGGUCUACACCAAAACAGAGCCUGAGUACAGAAUCGAUCCUGCAAAGAAUGGUUUAUAUACCUGUGAAGGUCUUCAGAAAAGAAAUGGCUUAAAACACUCCCAGACAAGUAAUGAUAUACAAUUAACUGUGUUAGAUCAACCCCAAGCUGUCCUGAUUGUCUCUCCUCAGUGGCUGAACCCUGGAGACUCUGUUACUCUGAGCUGUGGGGUUAAAGAGUCAUCUACAGGCUGGAGGUUCUUCUGGUACAGAACUGUUCCCUACACAGCUGGGUUACUCUCUCUGUCAGAUAGGUCCUACUCUGUAGAGCCUCUAUCUGGCAAUGGGACUAGUGAAGACUCCUACACUCUGAUCCCUGCUGGUCCUAGUCACACAGGAGGAUAUGUGUGUAGAGCUGGAAGAGGAGACCCAGUUUAUGACACACUCUACAGUAAACCUCAGUUUCUCUGGUCAGGAGAACCGCAACCUUCGGUGUCUCUCAAAAUGAAACCUAACAGAACUCAACACUUUACAUCAAAGUCUCUCUCACUAAGCUGUGAGGAGAAGGGGAACACUAUUGGAUGGAAACUGAAGAGAUACAGAGAGAAAGCAGUGGAGUCAGAGUGUGGCUCUAUCUGGGGAUCAAUAGCAGGAUCCAAAUGUACCAUAAUGUUUAUAUUCUCAUGGGACAGUGGAGUGUACUGGUGUGAGUCUGGAUCAGGAGAGUACAGUAAUGCUGUCAACAUCACAGUGGCUGUUGGCCAUCUGAUCCUGGAGAGCCCUGCCUAUCCCAUAACUGAGGGAGACUCUGUGACUCUACGCUGUACACAUAGAUAUCAGGAAACAAACCCAAUACCGAAGGUUGAUUUCUACAAAGAUGGAGUACUCAUCAGGAAUGAGACCACAGGAGAGAUGACCAUCCCUGCAGUGUCCAAGUCAGAUGAAGGCUUCUAUAAGUGUAAAUCUAAUAAAGCAGAGUCACCAGAGAGCGUGGUGAGAGUGAGAGGCGUAACUCCUGGACCCUCUACAUCAGACCCAGUAGGAGUGGUUGUGGGCCUGGUUGUUGCUGGUGUUCUACUGACCAUUCUCCUGGUACUGCUGUGUCGAUAUAAAAAUGCCAAAGAUUCCUGUUGCAACAGGACAUUCUCGCUCCCCCAGCCCCAGAGCACCAACCAACAGGACCAAGAAUCUACCCAGGGACGGGCUCCUGAUCCUGGGUAUACACGUAUGCAGCAUGGUGGCGCUAACAUCUACGAUACAAUCACUCCCCCAGACAAUAAUGACAAUGAUGCUGGUGCUGCUACUGCUGGACCAAGUGAUGUGAUGUACGCCCAGAUUCAACUCAAAGAGUUGGACAAGAAAAAGAAAAAAAUGCCAGCUGAUCCAAAAGAAAAUCCAGUCUAUUCUGAGGUCAAGACAGGGAAGGCCACAGCUUAAACAGAAGGCCAAAGCCAAAGAAGAAAGGUAAGACUAGACAUCCCUCCAUAUUUCCCCUCACUCCUCUUUUUAUUUUACCUUUAUUUAAAUAGGCAA